UCCUGAUAUUAGCUGUAGUCUUUAAAGUUAGGAGCAUAAAAAAGGUUGAAUCUAUUAAAGACUGUUUUACAUUGACUAAAGAAACCUCAACAUUUGGUGAGUGAGGAGAAAAAAGUGACUUUAACAGAAAAACAGCCUUAAGGAGGACUGAUGCCACAUAGGAGGCACAGCACCUUUAUCAACCGUGAUGUCAUUUCCUGUACUUAAAGGAAAACUGCCUAAAAUAAGUUGCGAAUAUAUUUAAGCCAUUUAUAUUUAAAACGUCUGUAAAAACAUAAACGGUGAUUCAUGAGGAACAAAUCCGUCAGUGGUUUGAGAUUUGAUGUCAGGUUCAGAUAUUGGUUGUUUGCUGUGAGUCAGUCUCCAGGUUCUGAUGUGGUUCUCCUCUAAAUGCUCCUCAGGUGAAGCUGCUGGGUCUCGACAUGAAAACCCAGACAGAACCUCCAAGCUGCCAUCAGAUAGAGUAGUCCAGCUGGUUCUGGGCUCUCUGCUGGCUGCUGCUUUGAUCAUCAUCUACAGACUCUGUGUUGUUGUUUUGAAGACCAACCAAACUGUAGAAACCCUGAAAGAGGAGAAUGAAGCUCUGAGAAAACAUCUCUCAGUUGAGGUGUGUUUGAAGAAAAGACCAGACUGGGAGAAGUAUGGAGGAUAUCUUUAUUAUUUCUCCAACAAUUCCUCCUCCUGGAACGAGGGCCAACGUUUCUGCAAAGAUCUUGGAGGAGACCUGGUGAAGAUAGACAGCAGUGAGGAGCAGCUGUUCCUGGAGAUCAAACUGAGAGACUUGAUGAAGGAACCAGAGGACAAGUUCUGGAUCGGACUGACGGACUCAAGGGAAGAAGGCAGAUGGUUGUGGGUGGAUGGAUCACCAUUGGAUGAAAGUUUGAUAUUCUGGAGUAAUCUAGAACCUGACAACCAGAGUAAAGAUGGUGCAACUGAAGCUGACUGUGUGAGGAUGGGGAAGAAACAAGGAGCAGAUGACCUAAAGUCCUGGUUUGAUAUAUCCUGUAAUUAUCCUCAGAAAAGUAUCUGUGAGUUCAUGUGUUUGUGAAUGAAGUCCAACCAUGGAGAACGAUCUGAGUCCAGGAUCAAGAAGCUGUAGAGAUGCUGCUUUUAUAAAGAAAAUUUCCAUAGAUAGAAAAACUUUUUAUCCAAUUUGAAUAAAUAACUGAAUCUGACUGCACUGUUCAAUGAUUAGGAUGAAUUGGAAUGUAUGAACCUGACUUUGUGAAGAACCUUGAGACGACAUGUU